GCCUUCUGUCCCAAAGCCCCCCCCCUCUCUCCCUUGCUUCUCCCUCAUGGUUAGGGUUUCUUAAGCGAGUCUGCUUCGCCCUCAAAAGUUUAUAUAUAAUAUAUUAUAUAUAUAUAUAUAUAUUACGUAAUGUUGCAGAAAAGCCCCUCUACUCUCUGCAAAUUAUUCGAUUCCCGUCUCCUAGAACUUUCUAGGUCAACCGCGGAUUGAUUCAGCUUAUUUAUUGGUAAUUCCCCUCACUCCUCAAGCUUUUCUCUUCUUUUUCGUUUACGUCCUUGCUUAGAAAUUAAGGGGUGGCAGUACUGGAAUGGAAAUGUAUAAUGUUCCUGAACAUGUGAAUGAUGAGGUUUAUAUGAUUCAAAACAUGGAACAAGGCCUGCAUUUUCCAAGUUCCUUUGAACAAGUUGAAGGUAUGUACAACGAAGGAGCUCCUGAGUUUGUUGUUGACCAGGGCAUGUAUUAUCCCGCUGCCACAAACUAUGGGUAUUACUGUACAGGAUUUGAAUCACCCGGUGAAUUUGAGGACCACCGUAGGAUUUUUGGCGUUGAUGGUCCAGAUAUCCAGUACACGGGUGCACAGAAUGAAAGUUUGCCUUUUGUAUAUUAUACACCUAGCUAUGGAUAUGCACAGUCUCCAUACAACCCAUACAAUCCUUACAUACCUGGUGCUAUGAUAGGCGCUGAUGGCCAACAGUAUACCAUCCCCCCUUAUCAGAACUCUGUCUCUUCACCUUCCUACAUCCCUUUUGUUGUUCAACAAGAUGCCAUUCCCAACAGUUCACCUGACUCCUUGUCUGAUAAUGGAGCAUCAGUUAAUAGACCCGAUGGAAGAGGGGUCAAAUAUAACUUAAAUUCAGCUUCUGGAGGCUACCCUAACUCCUCGAAGUCCUCUUUAAAUCAGAUGAAUCCCUUGACAAAGGUAUCAGAAGGUCAAAGAGGUAGUGGAUCAAGCAAGCAUGCUGUGACACAUGGAGGUGUUUCUUCUGGUCGUUUUCCAACCCCAGCCUCGUCACAUGUUAAUCAGGUUAGAAGUGCAUCUGGGUCGGUUUCGUCUGUGGAUAACCUUCCAAAUGGGAAAGUAUUACCUAAUCAUUUGAAGGUGGAAAUCCCCGUCACUAAUGGCUUAUCUAACUUUGGAUCUAGUGCUCAAGGAAGGGGUGCUGCGGCUAAGUUUCGACCAAAAUUUCAUGUUGGUAGGGCCUUGAAUGAUGUACAUGGUGGCCUGGAGGCAUUGGGUGAGCAGAAUUGUGGUCCUAGAAUCAACAGGUUAAAAAAUCAACUAGCUGUGAAAGCCUAUACGACCAAGGCAGGAGAUUGUGAUGCACAAGGAAACAUCAUUAUCCGUACUGAUAAAUAUAACAAGGAUGAUCUGCCCGUUGACUACACGGAUGCAAAAUUUUUUGUAAUAAAAUCAUACAGCGAGGAUGAUGUUCACAAAAGCGUCAAAUACAAUGUCUGGUCAUCCACACCCCAUGGCAACAAGAAACUGAAUAGUGCAUAUGAAGAUGCUCAAAGAAUAGCUGCAGGAAAACAUAGAGCCUGUCCGAUCUUCCUUUUCUUUUCCGUUAAUGCAAGUGGUCAAUUCUGUGGCGUAGCAGAGAUGGGUGGCCCGGUUGACUUUCACAAGGAUAUGGACUUUUGGCAGCAAGAUAAAUGGAGUGGGAGCUUCCCUGUUAAGUGGCACAUUAUUAAAGAUGUUCCAAAUACCAGUUUCAGGCACAUUGUAUUGGAGAACAAUGAAAACAAGCCGGUGACUAAUAGCAGGGAUACGCAAGAGAUUAUGUAUAAGAAAGGCUUGGAGAUGCUGAAAAUAUUCAAGAAUCACACAUUGAAGACAUCUUUACUUGAUGACUUUAUGUACUAUGAGGACCGUCAGAAAAUCAUGCAGGAAGAGAGAGGCAGGUUACUUCUUAGAAGCUUUGAAAGUCCAUUUUUAGUACCUGGGCUGGGUCCUCCCCGCAAGCUGCACAACUCUGUGGGUGAGCUGCCUCGUAUUAAGGAUGAAAAAGUCACCAAACUUAAUGAUGAUGUUAACAACGCGAAAAAGACUUUGGUCUCUACUCCUGAGCAGGUUUCCUCUAACUCAAGUGUUAUCAACGCCAGUAUCAAGAAAGAAGAUGGUGAGCGGAAGGCAAUUGAAGCAAAAGAUGAUGUCGUGUCUACCUUAAAAAUUGAUUCCCUCACUAUUACUCCAAGGCAGGCAGGAUCAAAAUCUUCAGCUGCUGCUGUUACAAACACCAGAAAGGUUGAUGUUGUCACUGUAGGCUCAAUGCCUGUAAGAGUUAACGGGUAUUCUGAAUCCUUGGGUAAUUUAACAGUUGGAACAAUCCCUCUGGAUCCUCGAGCGUUGCAGCUAGAGAAAGGCGGGUCUAUUAUCAAAAAUGCAGCUCAACCUCAAGAGAAAUGAAUCGGAACUCGGUCACAGUUUCCUUUUAUCGACUAUAUUUUUGCUUUGUCGAUGGGUUCAUCAAAUCCCGGGUUUAUGAUACUCGUGGCAAAUGGUAAAGUGCAAUACUCACUCUGAUGUUGUCUCUUUUUGUUGUUUUUAACCCCCUCUGAUUUAGUUAUGUUGGUCCAUUUGUUUCUGGUCCUUACUUUUUAGUUACAUCCUGGAUUUAUUCGGGGGUUUGUUGCUCAAAUCAGGAGGAAAAUACAGUUUGAUAUAAUUCAAGAAAUCAAGAUGGCAAUUAACAUUA